CUUUUUGAUUGUGAUCUCAACCCUUUGUUGAUCUACUCAACAAGCUGCAGCCAAGGGAUCUGAUCAAUCCCUAUCUCAGCUUGUCAUUCUUUUGCAUCCUUUCAUCCUUGCUUUUUCGACUGUUUGGAUUGUUCCCUGCAAAAGGAAAGUUCUCUCUAUAUUGAAGAACACAAAACAACAAUGGAGGUCACAGUUGAGGAAAACAAUGAACUACAAACAUUAUAAGGGUACAUUGUACUCUUGGAUCUUUUUGUGGUGGCUGUGAGGCGUUGAGUGUGUGGCGGAAGCGACUUGGCUUUCAGCAGUAGGCGAUUGAACUUUGGGGGAAACGGUGUCCUUACCAGGAGUGAGAUCAACACUCUAUGUGAUAUCACGAGGUAACCUGUUCCUAAAGAAGCACCAAUGCCCGUACCGCUUGACAGUGAUCUCCACCGAGCAAGUAGGUUGGAAAUCGGCAAAAACAGUAUCGUAUAAAACGAUCGCAUCAUCAGGAUGCCCAAAAAAUACUACGCGGUGGCGGCGGGACGUCGGACAGGAAUCUUGGAUUCUUGGGUAGAAUGUCAAGCACAGACUAACGGGUUCAGCGGGGCGAAGUUUAAAAGUUUUCACGACAAGCAGCAAGCGGAAGACUACUUGCGCGCACACGGCCAGACUUCGGCUUCGCCGCCGUCGAACGCCGACGUUCGUAUUAUAACAGCGUUUAGGUCGGGACCUCGCUCCCCGGUAGCAUCGCCAGCAACAGUCAGUUGCGAAAAAGCCAUUGAGCAUAUCCGCAGUGCGCAUGCAGCGAGGCCAAAUCCCGAUGUUCGCAUCGUCACCGCUUUCACUUCCCGUCCGUGUAAACGAGACUCUCCCGAGUUUGUUUCCGCAGCCCGUCCGCGAAAAUACGCCAAGACGGGGUAUUCAGUCGGGAGUGAGUUAGACAAUUCCGAGAAUGCAAAGGCGGAGACGCGGCAUCGAUCUUUGUGCCCUGUAGGGAGCAGGCGGCUCAAGAUUCACAUCAAUUUUGACGGCGGCUCACGGGGCAAUCCAGGGGUCGCCGGUGCCGGUGUUGCCGUCGUACUGACCGACCUAGAUUGGCGGAUAGGUGAUGGUCUGUGCGAACGACUUAACGUGCACCUCAGAUUUUUCGUAGGUACAGGUGCCACCAAUAAUGAGGCCGAGUACAGUGGCGCGUUGUGGGCUUUAACGGUGGCUCGGGAGGAAACACGUCGUUUCGAGUCAUUUUACGAUUGUGAAGCUCAUGUACAGCUUGUUGUGCAAGGCGAUUCCAAGUUGAUCAUUCAGCAACUAAAAGGGAAUUACACCUGCAAAAGCCCCAAGCUGAAGCCAUACUACGAGAAAGCAAUUCAGCUUUUAGAUGACUUCCAAAGCUUUGCACAAUUUCGACUGUCACUGGAGCAUGUCUACCGAGAAAGCAACAAACAGGCAGACGGACUUGCAAACGAAGCAAUGGAUGCACAGCGAAGCUGGUUGACAACAUCGCUGGAUGGGCAUGAAAUGCAGCAUGCUCUUAGCGAUCGUUAUCACAGCAAGAGGCUCGUUCUUGGUUCUGCCGUUUUACUACGACAAGAUGUAGCGUACAAAGCAUUCGGUUACAGGCUUUUGGGAUACAUCAUAUGA